CAUACUCAGAUCUAUAAUAUUCAUGAUAUGGAAAAAUUCACACCUCAGAUUUUAUACAAAGAACUAAUAACACACUAGUUCUGAGCAGCAGCAGAAAGACAUGAUGCACCAAUAUAUAUUAGACAAAUCAUGAUUCUUGUUCUGACAUGUCCUGCUUGUCUUGUACUGCACAAUAAAUAUUUAAUUCGAAUGGGAAAUUAAUGCUUAUUAAGGAGCUUCUUUACUGAAACCAGCGCCAGGACGUUACUGGGGGCAAAGACACACAUUGUUUUAAAUUACAAAUAUAAGACAACCAAAAUAAAACAGACAAUUACAGUUUAUAUUGUUGUAUUUCACGGUGUUAUCGCCAAAUCUGACCCAGCAUCAGCCCGUCAGUUAUUUACGGCCCAAACUAUCCGCCUGCCUGGCGUCGCCAGUCUUGACACUCUUCCUCAACCUGUCAAGCUCGUCGCCUCCUGAUCCUUUAUUGCUCUAUUUUUCUCACCUCGCGCUGCCGUAAAUCACCCAUCAGCGCAUCCUUUGUGACUAAAUGUGUCCGAAAUGUCUCCUAGAACUAUUUGAUUUACUCACUUUUUGUACAUACUUUUUCACGUUGACAUUUUUUUUUUUACUUUCAGCUAUUUCAAGGAUAUUUCAAAACACGGUGACGCUUUCUCCGCACGUUUUAACGGCUGAGCUGGAAUAAACAUUAGUGUAGUUUUAAUUACACAUGAAGUAAAACAGAUUAUGGUCUGGUCAGUCUCAAUUACGAUAGUAACAGUACAUUUUCUCGUUUGUCUUAUACGGGUUUAAAACCAACCCACGUGAUUUAACCCUGUACGUUUCGAUUUUCAUCUAGAGCCAAUGUAGAAUCACACCUAGUUAGAUUAGCGCACUAUUGUUUGCGGGUUAUUGACCCAUUAAACCCGUUAAAGACGCUUCUAGCGGAGGACGAAUUAUGAAGCCGGCAGAUUGAUUUUUAUCGCUCCGUAUUAAGGUGUCGAGGCGCUCUGGUUUCGGUGGUACCGCGGAAUGAAUGUGGGUGAUCUCUAAUUAGCGAAGGAUUAUCCUCACCUACACGCAGCGUCUAUUGUACGGGGCGUGACCCACCCUCCUGCUUAUUGUGCGCAGCGCUGAGUGACUAGUUGUUUUGAGGGGUUUGAGUGACUUAACGGGGGAUCGGACAAGUGGAGGCCACUUAAAUGAACAACUGCAAUAUUAAUCAUUUACUGCUCAACUUACACUAAUAGUAUGACAUAGCAGAAACUGGCGUGGUAGCUGUUGAUGACAGCAGUGAUUAGAUAUAAAUCAAGGAUAAUUAGCAGAAUGUAACACAGGCUGCUGGAUAAUUCAAUAUAAUUUUAAAAUAAAGUAUCUAUCUCAUCUUAAACGUAGAAUACCACUUGACACUUGCAGCAUCCUAACAGAUUAAUAAUCCAUCAUUAAAAACUCUCAAACUGUGUGUUUGCACUCUUGUAAAUUCCAGACUUUUUUCACACCCAGUUGAGUCCCAGGGAAACAUCUAUUAUCCUAUUACCAGGACGAUGCCAACGUCGCCCAUGUGUGAGGCGCUAUUUACAUGACUAUAUACCGUCAGCUCCUGAAAGACUUUAUGGCUUUGUAGUCACUGAGUUCCCCCUGAGACACCGGUGCCAUUUCCCCCAACGUUUCCUAUUGCAUGCGAGGCCGCAUGUUGAUAUUCAGCGCCGCGUUUCCAAGUGUAACGUUGCGUUUUCAGAACUGAGGAAAUCAAGUCGCGCUACAUGCAUGCCUUGCAUGGUGCCUUGCUCAGAUUUCCAAACAAUAAACCGAUUGUCUUUUGCGCAUUUUGUGUUUUAGAACGCCGACGAGUUGUACGCAUAUGUGGUUUCAUUUGGAGCAUUAUUGGCGUGGGAUUAUAGUGAUUAUAUUAUCUUGAUAUGUUUUAGUAUUUAUAGGAAUCCGUACAGGAUCAUCUCGUGGGAACAACAGGUGAAUGAAUGAGGGGCUGGUCCACUGUCUGCUGCCCGUCUUUGAAGUGCGCCUACGCACCGACGGCUCCUAUUGGUCUGCAGAACGUGGCAUUCAAUGCGGUCGCUGAUGUAUUUUCACAGUGAAGCGUUACCUGCAGGACAAAUCUGUCAAUCAAGGGGCCGGGACCAUAUAAAUAUCAUCGGCGUGCAGUCCGCUUACAACUUCAGUUUUCCUCUUCCCUCUUGGGACUCACAUUCGGGAUAAGAAUAAACAGGCCCGGGCUCGGAACGCAGCUGCAAUGGGGCCACUCGAUCUUCGUGCACUCAUGGUUCUGUCCACGUGCUGUCAUUUUUCGACAGCAUUCGCUUGGACAGUGAAUAAUUUUCUCAUGACUGGACCAAAGGCUUUCCUGACAUAUGCCAGCAGUGUGCAAGUUGGCGCAAAGAACGGAGUUCAGGAAUGUAAACAUCAGUUCAUGUUGGAGAAGUGGAACUGCCCAGAGAGCACGCUGCAGUUAUCUACACACAAGGGCCUUCGAAGUGCCACACGGGAGACCUCUUUUGUCCACGCCAUCAGUGCGGCUGGAGUGAUGUACACGCUCACCAAAAACUGCAGUAUGGGAGAUUUUGACAACUGUGGCUGCGACGACUCCAGAAUAGGACAGACAGGUGGCAAAGGGUGGAUAUGGGGAGGCUGCAGCGAUAACGUGGCGUUCGGAGAGAAGAUCUCCAAACAGUUUGUGGACGCACUGGAAGACGGACACGACUCGCGCGCAGCGGUCAAUCUCCAUAACAACGAGGCCGGCAGACUGGCGAUCAAAGCCACCAUGAGGAAGGCAUGUAAGUGCCACGGAGUGUCUGGCAGCUGUAACAUCCAGACGUGCUGGAUGCAGCUGGCCGACUUCAGAGAGGUGGGCAACUACCUUAAGAUGAAGCACCAACAAGCGAAGAAGCUGGAAAUGGACAAGAAGCCCGUGAGAGCUGGAAACAGCGCGGACAACAGAGGGGGCAUUGUGCAGGCUUUUAAGAGCAUCCCGCCGACGGAGCUCAUUUACCUGGAAGAUUCUCCGGAUUACUGCUUCAAGAACCAGAGCCUGGGACUCCAGGGCACGGAGGGCCGCGAGUGCGUGAAGGGAGGCAAGGACGCGUCCCAGUGGGAGAGGAAGAGCUGCCGCAGGCUGUGCUUCGACUGCGGCCUCAGAGUGGCGGAGAAGCGCGUCGAGGUCGUGAGCAGCUGCAACUGCAGGUUCCAGUGGUGCUGCACGGUGAAGUGCGACAAAUGCAAACAGGUUGUGACCAAAUAUUACUGUGCGCGUCACGAGGCUGGAAGGAAACCGCAGAAGAAGACAAAGCGGCGACAGCGCGCGCGCCGCCACUAACUACAGUGACUCUGGCUUUUCAUUCAGCUCAACAUUCAGACAUUGAUUAGUUUUAGACUGUGGACAGUAAAACUAUUUUCAUCUUGAACUACUACACCACCCUGAACUUUUUAAUGCACUUUAUUAUCGUUUGGACUCUGUACAUAACUUUUACUUAAUAAAUAUUUAUAGACG